AUGUCCGAACGAAAGGUCCUACAGAAAUACUACCCCCCGGAUUUCGAUCCGAGCGCUCUCGAGCGCCGUCGCGGGCCCAAGGCCUCUGGGCCUCGCGUCCAGGCAGUUCGUAUCAUGGCACCAUUCUCAAUGCGCUGCACUCGUUGUGGUUGCUUCAUCUACAAAGGGCGUAAGUUUAAUUCCAGAAAGAUAACACCGCCGGACGAGAAGUACUUGGGCAUUCAGAUCAUUAUGUUACAUAUCCGUUGUACCGGUUGCAGUUCAGAGAUCAUACUCAAGACCGACCCCAAGAACAACGACUACGCUGUGGUUAGCGGCGCUGUGAGAAACAACGAACCAUGGCGCAACCGCGAGACGGAGAACGAAGGCGAUGACGAAAGACUCGACCGAUUAGAGAGGGAGGAAGCAGAAGCUGCAGGCGAGGAAGAAAAGAACGCCAUGGAGGAACUGGAAGCCAAGAACCUGGAUGCUCAGCGAGAGAUGGCCGCGGCCGAUGCGCUGGAUGAGAUACGGCACAGAAACGCCAGAAUCAACAGAUCCGAAAAGGAAGGCGUCGACUUUGCCGACAACAUCAUAAGAUCCGAGGAUCAGGAGAGAGAGAAGCAGGAGAGAGAAGAUCAGGAGGCUGCUCAGAAGGCGUUUGCGGCAGCGCGGUCGCGGAUGGAUACCAUCGUUGAGGAUGUGACGCCAGAGCAGGCAUCUACCAUCCCGGAGCCCGAUAUCCCAGCUCCUACUUUCAAAAGAGUUGUUAAGAAGAAAAAGAAUCACGCUGCAGCGCUGGGACUUAAGAAGAAAUCAUAG